AUGGGUUACUCAGCAGGUGAUGAACAGAAAGGUGCCGGGCUGUUCAAGACUCGCUGUGCACAAUGUCACACUGUUGGUGCUGGCGAGCCUAACAAAGUUGGUCCUAACCUCCACGGCAUAUUUGGUCGUAAAUCUGGUCAAGCUGAAGGUUUCUCAUACACCGCUGCUAAUGUCAACAAGGGCGUUACAUGGGACGAGGAGACAUUAUUCGAGUAUCUCGAAAACCCGAAGAAGUAUAUUCCUGGAACAAAAAUGGCGUUUGCUGGCUUGAAGAAGGAAAAAGACAGGAACGACCUUGUUACAUGGCUAAAGAGCUCGACUGCUUAA